AGUCGGAAAUUGUGAACGCGGUAUCAGCACCCGCAUCGAGCUACUCGGGCGUCAGAUUUGACAGCAGAAGCUGCGCAGCCAAGUUUAUUUGAAGUUUUUACACAUCCAGCAAAAACCUACGACUCAGUCUGUAGUGUGGAUUGUAGAGGUUUCAAUCAAUAUGAUUUUACUGACAAUGAUCGUUCGAGUAGCAGAUGGUCUGCCGCUUGCUGCAUCGAUGCAAGAAGACGAGCAGUCAGGAAGAGACUUGCAACAUUACCAGAGCCAGGCUAAGCAGCUGUGCCGCAAACUAAAUGCCCAGAGUCCCAAUAGAUGUACUCUGGAGGCUGGGGUCAUGUCCUUCCACUAUGUAAUAGAACAUGGCGUGUGCUACUUGGCCUUGUGUGAAGCUGUGUUUCCCAAGAAACUGGUAUUUGGGUACCUGGAAGACCUCCAAACAGAAUUCAAUGAACAGCAUGGAAAGAAAGUCCCCACAGUCUCCAGGCCGUACUCUUUCAUUGAGUUUGACGUGUACAUCCAGAAGACAAAGAAGAACUACAUUGACAGCAGGGCACGGAGGAACCUGGGCAGCAUCAACACAGAACUGCAGGACGUCCAGCGUAUCAUGGUGGCAAACAUUGAAGAGGUCCUGCAACGAGGAGAGGCCUUAUCUGCUCUCGACACCAAAGCCAGCGAUCUGUCCAGCCUUUCAAAGAAGUACCGCAGCGACGCCAAGUACCUCAACACCCGAUCCAUCUAUGCCAAGAUAGCAGCAGGGGCAGUCUUCUUCAUUACACUCAUCGUCUAUAUGCGUUUCUGGUGGAUCUGAUUGGCAUAAGGACUUUGAAGUUGGUGACAGUCUGAAUUCCCAUUUAAACUUGCUGGUACCUAUUAAUUAUAGGAUGCCAUAUUGGUGGUUCCUGUUAACAGCAAAGCUUAAGUUCCUACAUCGAUGCCUUAGGGAAAGACCUUGUAAGUAGUAGAUGGAACUGUGCCUUCUUCAGCUUUGUCAUGUCUCGUACCUAGGGCACUGUUUGGUUAAUCAUGUCAAAUGACCUGGAUUUUAAUUUGAAGCCUUUUCCAGAAAUGAGAGUUAGACCAAAAAAAUAAAGCAAUUGUCUGAGGAUGGUGCUGGACCAUCUGACAAAAAUAAGGGGACAGAUUGAUGGAAAAUGCUUUAAAUAAAAGGUUAAAAUCCAGGUGACAUGAUUAACCAAACACAGAAUCCUUCAACACCUGUAUAAAGAUACUGCCCUGUGGUUGGUAAUGUGAGCAAAGUAGAGCUUUCUGAAUUCACAGUAAAGGUAUAAUCCCAUUAGUUGGAAUAUAAAAGGGAUUGAACACUCAAUAGUUUACAUUAUUCCGUUUUAAUUAGUUUUUUACAAUGUCACUGAAUGACAAUUCUAUCUAUAUGCAAAUGGUCUUAAGUGUGAAACAACCCUUUACCAUGGCAAACAAGUUGUAUAUUGUUUUCAAAGGUUACAUAACUGUAAAAGGAUUUGUUGAAAUGUAUAUUUAUCUUAAUGUUUAUAAAAAGUUGAACACUA